AUGGUCAGUUCACAUGAUGGGACUUGUCCCUGUGACUUGUUGCAGGGACUAGUUGUAUGGACUAGUCCCCUCCUGUCUGCCGACCUUAAAGGUUUCCAGCUACUUGUAGUGUGGAAAUUUAAAAAGAAUAAAGUUUACAAGUCAACGGAGAGUCAAAUAGAGAUUGUCAGCUUGUUUGAUUUGUUUUGUUUGAUUCAGCUCCCUGUAGCAUGCAAAUCAUGUCCCUGUGGCCAUGUUUUUAUCAGCCGAAAACAGCAUCAUCAGGCGCAAGUCAAAAAAGAGGGAGACAGUUUAAAUGGUUCAGAGCGGGAUAAAAGACUUCGUCCUGAGCGUCCAAAGAAAGAAAACCCAGAUUUUGACUACGAAUUCCCUGAAAACCUUGUUUGGGUCAAUAAAGAGCAGAUACCAUUUCCUUUAUCCAAUCAAGAACCCGUCAGAAUUGAGAAACUGCAGGAGGGGCCAAUAUCACAGCUUCCUCAUUCGUUAGAUGGUGUGGUUGUUCCUAAAAAACGUGGCCGGCCCAAAGGAUCAAAGAACAAAGUCAAAACCGAUUCCAUCACAGGAGAAAUAAUUCCUCCACAACCUCAGCCAGUACAACUAGAUGAAGAUGGUCUGCCAAUAAAGCGAAAGAGAGGUCGCCCAAAGGGCUCCAAGAAUAAGCCAAAACCACAGUCCCUUCUUUCUCCAAACAAAUCAGUAAAGAAAGAUGCCGAUGGGGAUGACCAAACGUCAAGUGGGUCUGAUAACAGGGAACCUGUAGAUGUCAUGCCACACAUAUCACGAGAAAAAGCCGAGAUGUACUCACUAAUUUUGAUGGAUAUUAACCAAAAGAUGAUGUCUCAGUCAUGUAUGAAGUUUGUAUAAAAUAAGAAAAUACAGUUUAUAGGUUAUAAGUCCUACUAACAGUAAUUAUUUUAAAAUCUAGAUAUUUGUUUACUUUUCAGCAAAUAUUAUAUUUUAAUUUUUUGUUCAUUAUAUGAUGAUUCCAAAGGAAUUUUUUUUAUCACGAAUUUAAUUUGAUACUGAACCUCAACAGAAGUAUUUAUUUGUUUUACUGCUAAUGGGCUUAAUAUUACAAGCUUGUUUGUAAGUUAUUUUUGAACAACAGUCACAUACUUUGUGUAGCAUUAGGAAAACAAGUAGGGGUGGAGGCCGGCUCCCCACCCUCCCCUCCCAGAUCUGUUGAACAAUGAUACUAUGAUAAGCCUAACUAGAGAGAAGGGUGCUGCUAUCAUUGCAGCAAUGUUAAUUCUGAUCAGCACUGCAGUAGCUAGCAAUGUGGUCCUAAGUAGGAAAACUCUAGCUGUUGGUUCUUUUUUGCCAUUUUGGUAUUUAGAAAUUGAUAAAUGUUGUAUUUUAAAGGUUGGUACACACGAGGGGACUGGUCCCUGCAUCUAGUCCCGUGAAGAGUUUACACGAAGGGACUGGUUGCAGGGACUUGUCCCACAAACAGUUCACACGAAGCGUUUUGAGGAACAAA